UUUUACUGUGUGGAUGUCUUCUUACUGAUAUGGCCGAGACAUCUGGUUCUUAUACAGACAAUUGUUCAGACUGUACACUGAACGAAGGCGACCUUUUAUCUGAAAGUGGAAAUAAUGAACGUGAGGGCAAUUCAGGGGAUGGAAAUACGGACGGUGAUGCUAUCGAUAACGACGAUGAUGAUGAUGACGAUGAUGAUGAUGAUAAAGAGAAUGUUGACGAGGACAACAAUGAUAAUAAAGAAAAAGAAUCUUCAACUGGAAUUGUUGCUGGAGCCACCUUAGGAGGAGCUAUAUUGGUUUUUGUGCUUAGCUUCCUCUCUUUUAUGUGCUAUUUCCAUAUUCGGAACAAACAAAGCGGAAGGCAAUCCGGUAAAAGCCAGCACCAAGUAUAUAAUCCAGCGUACCAGACUGAAGGCAUUUCCAUUGACCAAAUAGUUGUAGAAAUCAAAAACAAAAACAGCGAUGUUUAUGAGGAAAUAAACGAAGAAAAGCAAAAAUGUCCAAAUGAAUGUCGAGUCACGAAUGCUGAAAGAGAUAAAAAAGUUCAUCAGGUUGAAGUAGAGAAAGUCGGUGAAAAUCAUUUGAAUGAAACAGACAAAAUAUGUAGAGAUAGAAGGGGGCCUUACGAUCAUAUUAAACCAGGUCCAUCUUCAGCAACGCCAUCUGAUGAUUACGACAGAGCAUUGAAUUAUGGAAAGAAAAAUGAAAAUCCAGAAGACGAUCAAAAGGUUACUGUUGCUUGAGACUAAAACAGCAAUGCCUAAUAACGUUCAGUAAAACAACUUAAUUAAAGUUGAAAGCUUAAGGCACCGGUUGCACUAUGCUGGUACAUAUACAGGUCUUAAUUCUUCUUAUUAAAACUGACAUAAUUGUGUUUUAUACACUGUUACAAGGUUCUGUUGAAAGCAUUGUCGUCUACUACUGCAAAGUGCAGGAAACAGGUCAAGACUUCGAAGUGUUCUGCAGUAUAAACAUGCAUAUGUAAUUUCGAGAGUUAUUGUUGAAUUUUUUUUUUAUUUGACGAGAUACAAUCCAAAUUUUGUGCAGGAAUAGGAAAAAAGUACAUAUAAAGUUUUUUGAGCUUA